AUGUAUCUCAGCAGCAAUAUAUGUACUCGCCGAAUAGCGGUAGUAGCCGUUUCGGCUCGGCCGCCGGGCGUAAAUAAAUUGUGUGUGUGUGUGUGUAUCAAGGCAACUUGGUUUAGAACAAGAGAGAAACAUUCUCCUGAUCACCUUUUACACCAAUACCUCAGCACAAUGUUCCAAAGAAGGAACUCCGUCUUGGAUGGACGAAAUCUGGUACGACUAGCAUCCCCGGACUUCAUUCCAGAAUAG